UGAUUCAACUCGGAUAAUUAUUAAGUCGGUGACUUAACUGCUUAGGUUAGUCGGUGAGUAAAUAUUAGUUACCGGUUGGACGCAUCCAUAGAUGACUUCUCAUGCAGUUAGAAAGCACCCUUUAAUUGCUGUGCAUCCUUGAGAUGAUUAUUUCUACAGGUCCUUUGAAAUUAUUUUACUUUGAAAGAACGAUUGAACAUAUUAGUUAGGUAGACAUGACUGCUUUAACGGCGAGUUCUUUAACACCAGUAGGGAUGUCAGCCAUUCGACUCAUCCCUGUUGCAACCACCUUAGCCUUAACUACCUGUCACUAUCUCCAACACCUGAUGUUCUCCUCAUUUCUCUCGACCAAAGCCCCGGCCCCAGGCAGCCUGCGCGUUCUCCCUCAUCUAGUUCGAGUCUGUUUCUGGGGUAUUAUUCCCUUCGUGCUCGUUCUAGAAUUUUCUUCGUACGGCUGUAUUGCUGCCAACAUAUACUACUGCACCUCACUUCGAGGAUGGUACGCCUUCGGAUUAGCUUUCUCUCUGUCACAUCUCGUCAACGCGCCGUACGCUUGGAGUCUGCUGAAGGUGAUAAUGAAUGGAGACGCGACAACGGAGAAAACAGAGAAGCAGGAACUGAGGGAUGCACUUAAGAACUUUGUUCGCAUGAAUCAAUUAAGGAUCUUCUUGACAGAACUUCCACUGAUGGGUAUCGUACAUAGAGGUGCGUUGGCAUAAAGCAAUGGCUUGUUGAUAAAGUCCAUAAACUCGCCAUCUGAUCUGCAGGUCAAUAGCCUAGUUCUCGCAUAAUAUAUAUGUGAUACUUGUCGGUCACCCUUGAAGAAAAAAAAAGGAAAUUUUGAUAUUGUACGAUCCUUAACCAUUG